CAAGUUUACGAAAGUCACCAUAUAUAUAUAUAUAUAUAUAUAGAUAGAUGAACUAAAGAACUUUAUGAGAUCCUCAAGAGAAUGGAUAAACAAACACCCUUUUUAGCCUCAUACAUACCCUUGUUCAAUCAUGCAUGUUGUUUCUUUUAAAUCAUUCAAUCUUAUGGUAAGAAAUAAGGAGAUUUGUAAGAAACUAAAAAUGAUGCGUAAAAACAUCUCUCAAGCCCAAAAUCUGGUAUAUCAGGUGUAUCCAAUACCAGCGUGAGUUCCAUGAGUGCAUAUCAUUUUUCAUGUGUGGAAACCACCACCAGCAAAUUAAGGAUAAAAAGGAGAGGGACUAAACUCCAAAGAGGUCACACCAAAAAACAUUCGGAAUUCCAGAAAGGCAUGUGUUUCAUGUGUGUAGACAUCAAAUGUUCAAAAUAAAAGGGCAGGCCUCACGAGAGAGUGAGAAUCGUUGAUAGAGGAGAGCACACAAAAAUGGAGUUGGUGAGAUCUAAUUUUCACGUAGCCAUGUUCCCAUGGUUCGCAAUGGGACACUUGACUCCGUUCCUCCACCUCUCCAACGAGCUGGCUGCCAGAGGCCAUAGAAUCACUUUCUUGUUGCCCAAGAAAGCCCAAACGAAGCUUCAACAUCUCAAUCACCACCCACACCUCAUCACCUUCCAUUCAAUCACCGUUCCUCACGUCGAAGGCCUCCCAAAGAGCGCUGAGACGGCCUCCGAAAUCCCUCUAUCUUCGAUCCAUUUUCUCACCAUUGCCAUGGACCGCACCCGCGACCAAAUACAUGCUUUCCUAAAAGCAAGUGCUGCUGAUCCAAAACAUAUAAUCGACAUGAUCGUCUUUGACCUUGCCCAUUGGAUACCGGAUAUCGCAAGAGGGCUUGGUAUUAAAUCCAUUUAUUAUGGUGUCAUUUGCGCGGCUGUAUACGCGGCUGCUCUUGUCCCAGCACCAGAAUGUAAUAGUGUGCCCAUGACAGUGACCGAGGAACGACAGCGGAGGAACCCACCUUCUACGUACCCAUCAUCAACCGUGGUAAUGACGCGGGACUAUGAAGUCCGGUCCUUGAUAGCCAUUAGGGAGCCGUGUGGAGAGGGGGUCACAUUUUACCAAAGGGUGAUCACAUCCACCAAAGAAUGCGAUGCGUUCUGCCUUCGAACGUGCAGAGAACUGGAAGGUGAUUUUUGCGAUUACUUGGAAGCGAAGUAUCAAAAGCCUGUGCUUUUAACUGGCCCUGUAUUAGGCCUCAACAAAAUCCCCCAACAAUUAGAAGACAGGUGGGCUGAGUGGUUUGCUGGGUUUGAGGCUGGGUCUCUGGUAUUUUGUGCAGUUGGAAGCCAGUGGAUCUUUGAAAAGGACCAAUUCCAAGAGGUUUUGCUAGGGUUUGAGCUAACUGGGUUGCCAUUUUUGGUAGCUCUGAAACCGCCAUUGGGUUGUGAGACGAUUGAAGAGGCACUGCCCGAUGGGUUUGAAGAGAGGGUUAGAGGGAGAGGGGUGGUGUUUGGGGGCUGGGUGCAGCAGCCAUUGAUCUUGAGCCACCCAGCAGUAGGGUGCUUUGUACACCACUGUGGGUUUGGGUCGAUGUGGGAGUCUCUGUUGAGUAAGAAGCAGAUUGUGUUGGUGCCACAAUGGCCGGACCAGAUCUUGGGAACCAAGUUAAUGGCUAAAGAGCUCAAGGUUGCAGUGGAGGUGGAGAGGGAAGAAAGUGGGUGGAUUUCAAAAGAGAACUUGAAGGAAGCCAUUAAAAGUGUGAUGGAUACGGAGAGUGAGGUGGGUGUUGUGGUGAAGAGGAACCAUGAAAAGUGGAGGGAAAUAGUAUCGGAGGCAGGGUUUAUGAGUGGCUAUGUUGAUAGAUUUGUUCAGAAUCUCAAACAUAUUGUUUAAUGUUGUUUGUAGAUUAACUUCUCCACCUGGAUUAUGUCGACUUUUACUGUCUUUGACAUCUUGAUGUUUUUAACGUACAGUUGAAGUUUAUCCAACGACUAAUCGUUACCUAUUAAUAGAUGAGAGUGGCAUUAUUGCCUUGAUGGUUAAGGCAUUCCUCUCCAACUCGUUGACUCUCGGGUUCAAACCUAUUCCCCUCCUGUUAAUGUAGUUUAGAGUGCGACUAU